CCUCGUGCUGGUGCUGCUCACAUUGCCAGGCGCACGGAGUUUCAGGCAGUACGGGAGGGAAAAAUAAGGCUGUCUGAAGGCGGUACACGGUUGUCAAAUGUCUGUGGCGGCUUGCCGCAUGUGGUAGUGCGAUGCAAAUGCAUGAGAUUUGUGAAAAUAUUGGAAUUGCCGUGCCGAAUAGUACAGUCCGUCAAAUUAUUGUUAAUUCUUACUCUUUGCGUUAAUUAUAUCAGAGAGCUAUAGGUGUUUCUGGCUUAGAAUUUUCGUAGAAUUGCACCUUAUCACGGACUCUCUCAAGAGGGACUUUUUGUAAAUAUAAUAGUUAUCUAUUUUUUUAUGUACCGAAUAGUGUUGAACAUUGUCAUAGAUAAUUUGAUUUUGAAUUAGAAAAUGUGGGAAUAAUAUUUCAUUAAAUACUUGAAGAAUUUGUCGAUGCCGCUCCAUCAUUCGUGACAUCCUAAGUUUUGUCGAUCCACUAGAUGUAAACAGUGUCAGUAUUGUAGGUUAGGAAUCAUGAAUGUUCGUGGUUAGUGUCUGUGAUAUUCGUAUUUUUGAACGUUACAAGAAGUCCAAUCAUGUCUGUGACUCCUUCAACCGUGGACUUCACUCCUGAAGAACUUGAAAAGGCAGUUUCUCAGUUUUAUCAAUCUGAUGCAGCUGUACAAGCUAAAGCUCACCAGUGGUUAACUGCUGCUCAAACUACUCCAGAGGCAUGGACAUUUGUGUGGGAUUUAUUACAACCAAAUAAGUCAACGGAACUUCAGUUCUUUGCUGCAACAACACUUCAUACCAAAGUUGUAAAAUGGUGGAAAGAAGUUCCUGAAGAUCAGUAUCCUGUUUUGAAGAAAAAACUAUUAGAAGCAAUUAUCAGCCACUGCCUAGGACCAAAGAUAGUGUUGAAUAAGUUAUGCAUAACUCUAUCAGCAUAUCUUCUGCAAACCAUAUCUGUACAUUGGCCAGAUGCUAUACCAGAACUACUGUCAAUGUUUCAACCUUCCUAUUUACCAUCACUUCCCCCAGAAAGAACGGCAUGGAUUCUUCUUGAAGUUUUAACUGUUUUGCCAGAAGAGUUUCAGAGUUCUCAUUUAAGCCAGACACAGAAAGGACUUGUCAGAAAUGAACUACAAAAGAACACUCCACAAGUUUUAUCAUUACUUGAAGACAUUCUUGCUACAAAUGAUUGUGCAACAGCUAGUGAAAGCUCUCUAGAAGUAAUACACCAAGUUUUGCGAUGUGCAGCAUCGUGGUUACAAAUGGGAAUACCAAUUACUGACUGUAUGCGAUUGGCUGAUUUGCUAAUGUCAGUUGUUAUAAGCAGUGUAAAUAUACCUCAUCAUCAUAGUUUUGGCAGUAUUCCAGAAGCUGCUUUGGAUGCUCUUCAAGCCAUGGCAACACACCCUGAUACUCACAGAUUCCCAAAUAGUUGUUUACAAUUACUUGAAAAAUUACUACCACUCCAUUCACUUAUUCAGCAAAUUAGCAGUGAAGAUCAGGAACUCUUGUCUAAUUUAUACUGCACUUUAAUUGCGGUCGCAGAAAGUCAUGCUGGUCUGCUGGUUAACUCUUUUCGCUCUGAAAGUCCAGCCAAAUCUAAUUCCCUGCAGCUUAUCCAUGUCAUACUGCAGUGCAGCAACACUCCCGGAGUGUACCCUAUACAGGAGACCUUGAGCCAAAAUGCUCUUGGCUUCUGGUACAUUUUACAGGAUGAUAUGUUAGCAGCAGAAGCAGAAGAUUUUACUGUUAUAAUGCAAUCACUUGGUCCUGUAUACUUAAUGCUGGCAGAAGUAAUGUUACAUAAGUCAAUGUUACCUACAGAUGAUUCAUCAUGGGCAAGUGAGGAAAAAGAACAAUUCAGAUGCUAUCGACAAGAUGUGGCUGACACCAUGAUGUAUUGCUACAAUGUGCUCCACGACAAAUUAUUGGAGUUGCUUCUCCAGAAAUUAGAAGGAGCUUUGGCAGAAGUAAAUGCAUCUGUUAAAGAUAACAAUGUAGGCAACAGAAACCCUCCUGGUUGGCAGAUGUUAGAAUCUGUUCUUCAUGCUUUUGUAGCUGUGUCAGAAUGCCUGAACACCAAUGAUGAGGGUCAUGUUCCCCGUUUUCUGAAUGUUCUUGAAAGGCUACCAUUCGCUCACCUUAAUUUGAGAGUCAUCAAUACAGCAUUGAAUGUAAUAGGUUCUUGUGCAGAGUGGAUCAAUCAGCAUCCUGUGUCCAUGGGUCAUGUUGUCCCAUUAUUAGUGACUGGUCUGAAUAGUCCAGAAGUGGCACCUGCAGCCACUAUGGCCCUGAAAGAUCUUGCACGGGAAUGCUUGCAGACCAUUGGCUCAUUUUCGCAUCCUAUCCUUCAGGCUACACAGCAGGAAGCUCUGACUAGUGGGCAGUUGCAAUCGGGGGAGUGUGUGCGUUUGAUGUUUACUGUUGGUCGUGUUUUAUCUGUCCUUCCUCUGGAAAGCACAAUGCAGUAUUUGGAAGUAAUGGUAGUCCCAUACAUAAAUGAACUUCAAAGCUUGUCAGAACAAGAGUUGAAUCCAUCUGUCCGAGCUGCAGUUAUAUUAAGACUGAAGAUGCUUGGUAUACUUUAUGGGACCCUUUCUGUACAACGUUCAGAGAAUGAUGACCUUUCAGAAAAUCAAAGUAAUUCGAAUUCUCAACAAGUCAGUCAACCUGUGCAACCUGUGUUUUUUAUGCUGCAGCAAAUGAUGCCCCUGUCACAAAAUAUAGUGUAUCGCAUGGGCAGAGAUCAUGAUAUAUUACAGGCUCUCUUUUUAAUGUUCAAACAAGCUAUAUCCACAUUACUGGAAGGAAGCGAGCCAUUUCUGCCAGAUUUAUUGACGUUGCUGGUUAACAGUUAUAGGGAGUUUCCUCAUCCUAUAGUACUUGAGCUUGCACUUUUGAUACUUACGUUGUUCAGCAGUUCUGAAAAACAUUUGUCAUAUAUGCAGUCUUUCCUGAAGAUGGUUUGCCACCAUACUAUGCAGCAUUUUUUUUGUGGUGCUAACCUUUCAGAACAUGUCGAUGUAUUGGAAUCUUUUUUCAAGAUGCUUGCAGGUGUUUUGAGGAAGUUUGCUUCCUUGUUUUCUGCUUUUGAGCCAAAUGACUGUACUGCACUUUUUCAAGCUGGCACUGUGACAUUGUUACUUCCUGAAAUAGCAGCUGUAAAAGCUGCAUCACAAUUCCUCUGUAAUUUUAUUUUGCAAAGUCGGGACAUUACACACUUACUAGGAGUAGUGCAGUUGUGUGGAGAAGGCUUAGUUCAUCAAAUAUUACGUGCUAUUGGAGGAGAAUCUUCUCGUGCAUCUUUAGAACCAAUGUCUGAGAUCUUACUAGCAUUAAACAAAAAGUAUUGUGACAAUUUGUACCGUUGGCUGAACCAAACCAUGCAACAGGAUGGCUUUCCUUCACCUCGUGUCAGUGCAGCCCAGAAGGAACAUUUUGUAAAAAUGGCUCUUAAGGAACGAGCCAAUAAACGUAAACUUGAAGAUCUUGUUCGAGAAUUUUCCUUUAUAUGUCGUGGGAUUGUUACGUAACCCACCCCACAGUAAGUUAUAAGAUAUACUAAAUGAAUGACUUAGUUAAAUUCUCUUAUGUUGCCCAUAAGAGUUUCAAAAAAUCCUUCCAUUAGAAACUAAAGAACUCCAUUAAGUGAGUUUGUGCACUCUGUCUGUGAUUUGUAAUUUUAUGGAAGAGAACAGUACAACCAAUUUGUAAUUAUUUUCAUUUAUUACAAGUCUUAGUAUUAUUAUUGAUUUGCAGCAUCUGCAAUUUUAUUAAUCACAUAAUUUAUGUGUGAACUGAAAUUGGAGAUCAGUUCAUUUAUUAUACUUAGACCCUGUCUUAAUAAUAUAUAAUUUUCUGUUCAUUAAUGUUUCCAAGAGUAUGAAACAGAAAUUAUUUUUGAAAUUAAUUUAUUCCUGAAUGCAUGUGACAGCCAUUGGAAUUGUUUUAUAAAAAGAGAAUUGUAUAUUAUAUACCAUAGUCUUUUACUGGUGUAAUUUAUUUCAUUUUAUUGCCCUAACCUAUCAAAUAUCCUCUGGCACUUAUGAUCAUUGUGAGACUGCACUGAGUAUACUGUGUUAAUAGACAUGUGAUUUACAUGAUUUAGUACAAAUGUCAGAUUUGCAUGAAGAAAUUAGUGCCAAAUUAGUGAAAUGUACAAAAAUUAGUUUUAAUGGCAGAUCAAUGUCACUAUAAAUAUUUUCAAAUGUAUAUUUCUACUUGCACUUUCUUUCAUACAUUCGUACCAUUGGUUGAAUCAAGAAAAUUCAUAUUUUCUAUACAUGUUCAUAUUUGCUCUUAAGAUUUGAUAAAUAUUAAUCACUUUUAUUGAUUAGAUUAAAUUAGAUUGUUAGUUGUGUUUUGAUUAGAUUUGCAAGAACCUGGAACUGAAUUUGGUGACUAGUACUGAAAACCAAAAUUGAAGUUUGGAAAAGAGAAAGUACUUAAAAUAAGAUGACUAUAAUGCUAUCUUCAAAAGCAAUUAUCACAUUCAAUGAUGAGCACACGAGUGGUUUUUGUAACUUGUUAAAAUCAGAACAAAAUUGUGACUCUCCCACCUUUAAAUCUAAGUAUUGUGUUUUGGAGAUGUUUUAUUUCCCUUCGUUUGGAUAUUAUUUAAUCAAAAAAUCAUUAUCUAAAACAAUAAAUUGUGAAGGAUUGUGGAUUAUUUUAUAUUGAUUUCUUUUGCGAUUACAAUUUACCAGUUGAUUUGCACAAGGGUGUAAUAUUUUCUUGUUUUUUUUUCUUACACUUGUGAGAUUUGAAAAUAUGAGAAAGACUGAAGUAGGCUUGUAUAUUGAAUUGUAUAUGUGAGGGGAAAGUAAUUCCUAUAAAGUUCAUUGUGAUUAUUAUGGUAAUUUUAUAAUUUCAGAAGUAUCAUCAAGUUUAAAUUACCAUGAAAGUAGUUCUUGCUACUAACUAGUUGUUUUUUUGUCUGAGCUAUUUAAAUUUACUUUCUGUAAUUGUAUGUUUGAGUAUGAAUGGAAGGUGUGUUAGUGAAAAAAAAAUAUUCAGGAAAGAAAUGAGGAAAGGUUAAUGGAAGCUGUGAUUUGCAACUAUUUUCACCUCUUUAUACUUUAGGUACAACUACUGUUUUGAGUGCAACAGGCUUGGAAUUUUUACCAUAAUAUUUUCUCUCUAUAUAUUAUUGAUAUUAAGGAAAUCAAUAUGACAUAGGUGAUUCCUGAAAUUCUGGCUUCAAUAUAGUAGACAGUUUAUACAUUAAUAUUUCAUGUUUUCAGACUUUCAAUUCAUUUGAUGUAUUAAAAAUAUUUUGAAUGCCCCUGCACUAGUAACAGUUUUCUGCUGGUAUUGUAAACUCCUUGCUGAAAAAGGAGGCUCUUUUUAUUUAGUUACCAAGUGGGUUGGAUUCUGCCUUGUAUCUUAAUAUAUUCAGAAAAGUAGCUGCAAUAUGAACCUCUGAUGAAUAGUAACAGCAAUACUUUUAAGCUCUAGAUUUCAAGAAACAAUGUUUAAUAUGUAAUAUUUUAUGUGGCAUCUGCUCAUCUCACUGUCAGUGCACAGUCCAACACAGAUGAAAACAAAUAUAUUCUUAAAUAAAAUUUUUAGGCAACGAAAAGAAAAGCUAGAUUCACAUACUAUUCUUGAACAAUGUAAUGAAGUGAAUUUCUAUUUGGGGAAAUUCAUUCCCUUUUAGCGCACAAUUUUGUAUUCUUGUACUGAAAUCAAAAUUUUUCUUAUUCAGUAACCUCUUCAAUGUCAGAAAAUAUACCAUAAAGUUUUUAUAUUUGUUUUUCCUAGAGGAAUGAAUAUAAAUAUAGUUUUUCCAAAAUAUGAGAGGAACAGCAUGAUAUGCUAGAGUGAAAAGAUUAAUAUUAUAAAGUUUAUGAGAAAUGUAUCCAGGAAAAUCUUCUGAAUCUCUGAUUCUUGGCAGGAGAAAUAGAAUAUUAAAUGAAUACGCAACUACUACACACACUGGUGUUGUGCUAGAUAAAAUUUAAAAACUUACCUUUUUUCAAGCUACAUAUCUAUUGGAAGUUUUGUAACUGUUAGAGUUGUCAAUUAUAAUGCAAGCAAUAAAUAAUGCAUUUGUGUGUGGACUAGAUAGGCUGUGCUAGACACAAUUGUGGACAAGAUGUAUCCAAAAGUGUUUGAAGUCCCAGGCAUCAAAAUUUAACAGCUUAUAAAAAAUGUUUAUGAUCUUAUAUGUAUGAAAUAACAACGUCUGUGUUCACAGUAUUUAAAAAUUGUUAUGCACUAAUUUGCAUGCAUAUUGUGUAUGAAAUUGUUGUCUUUCAUUGGAAGCCGUUUCAUUCAUCAAUUAUAAUUGUUGAAGCCCUUGCAUAAUUAUGUUUGUGAGCUUCCUUGAAGGCACGAUAAAUAAAAAUUUUACAAACUC